AUCUGCCACGAUUUUCUGAGAGACAAAGACUCCAGAAGACAAGAGAUCCUCCCUGUAACCCCGAUCCAAGCUUUCAAGUGCAGAGUUUUAUUGGCGUAUGAAUGGCGUUGAGGCACUUAGGCAAGAAGGGCAUUCAAGCUUCUUUUAAAAGAGGUUUGGUUCUUCCGCGAGUAGCAGCAUCUACAGAGAGGCAUAUUUCCUCUAGGUUUUUGAAUAGCACUUCUGAAAGUGUGGCUUUCUCAUUCGCUCGACACAUUAAUUGCUUCGGGUUCAGCUCGCCUAAUUAUGAAUCUUCCACAACCUUAACAUCCAUAAGGUACUUUCAUGCAAGCCGAGAAACACUGGCGAGAAGAAAAGAGGAUCCUGAUCGUACGCUGAGCCAUCGUGAGCUCAAAAAACAGACUGUGAAAACGAAAGGAAAGUUCUCAAAACGGGAGAAGAAAACAGAUAAGCCACCCGUUGAAGCUCCUUAUGUGCCUCCUAGGCUGCAAAGAUUAGCAAAGGGAUUGGCUGAGAAGACAGUCGACGUAUUCGAAGGCAUGACGUUACUUGAGUUCUCCAAGCGUACUGGUGAGUCAUUGGCGGUUCUGCAGAGCAUUCUCGUCAAUGUUGGGGAAACCGUUAGUUCAGAAUUUGACGCAAUCAGCAUAGAUGUCGCCGAGCUUCUUGCAAUGGAAAUAGGAAUCAAUGUAAGGAGGCAACAUACCACAGAAGGAUCACAAAUCCUCCCAAGGCCUCCAGUUGUAACGGUAAUGGGCCAUGUAGAUCAUGGGAAAACCUCUUUAUUGGACGCUUUAAGAAACACCUCCGUGGCGGCAAGAGAAGCUGGUGGGAUCACUCAGCACGUGGGUGCGUUCGUGGUGGGCAUGCCGGACUCCGGCACUUCAAUCACCUUCCUAGACACGCCUGGUCAUGCUGCUUUCAGUGAGAUGCGUGCUCGAGGAGCUGCUGUUACUGAUAUAGUUGUCUUGGUGGUUGCUGCUGAUGAUGGUGUAAUGCCCCAGACUCUAGAGGCUAUUGCGCACGCUAGAUCUGCGAAUGUUCCAAUUGUGGUUGCUAUCAAUAAAUGUGACAAACCGGGAGCUAAUCCGGAAAGAGUCAAGAACCAGCUCGCCGCUGAGGGGAUUGAGCUUGAGGAUAUUGGAGGAAACGUUCAGGUUGUUGAGGUGUCUGCAAUGAAGAGUACAGGGCUAGACAAGUUAGAAGAAGCGCUGCUUCUUGAAGCAGUGGAUAUGGACCUUAAAGCACGCGUGGAAGGACCAGCUCAAGCAUAUGUUGUGGAGGCUCGGCUCGACAAAGGCCGUGGACCGUUAGCCACCAUUAUUGUAAAGGCUGGUACUUUGGUUAGUGGUCAUCACGUAGUUAUUGGUUCUCAGUGGGGAAAACUCAGGGCUAUCAGGGACAUGGUCGGUAAGCAAACGGACCGAGCAACACCAGCGAUGCCUGUUGAGAUUGAAGGGCUUAAGGGUCUUCCAAUGGCUGGUGACGAUGUCAUUGUGGUGGAGUCGGAGGAAAGAGCGAAGAUGCUUAGUGAAGGGAGGAAAAGGAAAUAUGAAAGAGAUCGGUUGUUGAAAGCAGAGGAAGCUAGAAUAGCCGAAGCAGAGAAGAAAGAAGCAGAGUCUGAAGAAGGGUUUGUUCGAGUUGAGUUACCGAUAAUAGUGAAGUCUGACGUGCAAGGAACUGCACAGGCUGUUGCUGAUGCCCUAAGAACGUUAAAUAGCCCACAGGUUUUUGUGAACAUUGUUCAUAGUGGAGUAGGAGCAGUGUCUCACUCUGAUUUAGAGAGAGCACAAGCUUGCGGUGCGUGUAUCGUUGCCUUUAACGUUAAGGGUGGAGGUUCUGGUAAUCUUUCCGCGGCUCAAGCCAGCGUCAAGGUAUUCCAUCACCGUGUGAUAUACCAUUUGCUCGAAGACAUCGGGAACUUGAUCGUAGAGAAAGCACCUGGAAUCUCAGAGCUGGAAGUGGCUGGUGAAGCUGAAGUUCUCAGCAUUUUUAAGGUGUUAGGAAAGAGGAGAAGUGAAGAAGAUGGAGUGAGCAUCGCGGGUUGCAAAGUGAUGGAUGGUCGAGUUUGUAGAAGCGGGAUGAUGAGGCUGUUAAGGAGUGGAGAAGUGUUGUUUGAAGGGUCGUGUGCGUCGCUGAAACGGGAGAAACAAGACGUGGAACAGGUAGGGAAAGGGAACGAGUGUGGGCUUGUGAUGGGAGAGUGGAAUGAUUUUAGAGUUGGAGAUGUGAUUCAGUGCAUGGAGGCAGUCAUUAGGAAACCUAAGUUCGUUUCCUCUGAGAGUGGAGCUGUGAGAAUCGAGUGCUGAAAAUCUUAAAACCUUAUCAAUUCAAUUAGGGGUCUUACCCUGAUAAUAGUUUUGUGUUGUUACAGAAAGCUUCAUACAUAACUUCAGUUUUUUUUGACGAGCAAUUUGUAAUGGAAAUUACUUCAAACUAUACCAUUUACUUCCUACUCUUUACUAAUAAUAUCUAAUGUAAUUUGAAAAGGUGGUUGGA